GUCCCCCGUUUCCACCUCUCCAUUUCCAAAGUCCAAACUUUUCUCCCUCUCUCUCUCUCUUCUGAGGAGGCCAAGGCAGCACGCGUGGCCGACCAACCUCCCGAGCCCGCGUGAUCCGGCAGCAUCGAUCGCGCGACGCGCUCGCAUUCCUCCUCCCGCGGGGAGGAGCCGGCAGGAUCCGGCAGCCGGCGCCGUCGCCGCCCCUCGCCGCCGCCGCCGCCAUGCCGCGGCGGGGCGAGACGACGGUGGUCCCCAUUGAAAUGGGCGGCGGCGGCGGUGGCGGUGGCGGAGGAGGCCAGGAGCGGCCUAAGGCCCCGCGCCGCCACGGCAGCCACGGUCCAGGGCACUACGGCAAUCACCACCACCACCGGAGCCGGCCCCCGCCGCCGCCGCCGCCGCCGUCGGAGUUCCGGCCGUUCCGGCGCUGGUUCCCGUUCCUCGUGCCGUUCUUCGUCGUCGUCAACGUCGCGCUCUUCGUCGUCACAAUGUACAUCAACGACUGCCCCGCGCAUAUGCAGGCCACCGGCGACGCGAUCGGCGGUGACGUCGGGGAGGGCGCCGCGUCGCAGGGGUGCUGGCUGGAGCCGGAGCUCGGGAGGUUCGCGUUCCAGUCGUACAAGGAGAAUCCCCUCAUCGGGCCCUCCUCCGCAACGCUGUUGAAAAUGGGGGCACUAGAAACCAGUAAAGUUACCAAUGACCAUGAAGGCUGGCGCCUCAUUACAUGCAUUUGGUUGCACGCUGGUGUUGUCCACAUACUUGCUAAUAUGUUGAGUCUCCUAUUGAUUGGAAUCAGACUUGAGAAGGAAUUUGGUUUCAUGAGGAUUGGCACGCUAUAUGUCAUCUCUGGGGUUGGUGGUAGCUUGCUGUCUGCUCUGUUUAUGGUGUCAAAUAUCUCUGUUGGUGCCUCAGGUGCACUGUUUGGAUUGCUGGGGUCCAUGCUGUCAGAGCUGAUAACAAAUUGGACAAUAUAUGAGAAUAAGUUUGCAGCAUUAUUAACUCUAGUCAUAAUCAUUCUCAUCAACUUGGCUGUUGGGAUUCUUCCACAUGUUGACAACUUUGCUCAUCUUGGAGGAUUUACAUCGGGGUUCUUUCUUGGUUUUGUUCUUCUAGUUCGCCCACAGUUUGGAUACAUUAACCAAAAGAACUCUCCUCUUGGACUUCCCAUGGGUACAACUAAAAGCAAGUACAAGACAUACCAAAUCAUACUUUGGGUUAUUGCUACAUUAAUAUUGAUUUCUGGGUUCACCAUUGGAUUCAUAUUGGUACUGAAAGGGUUCAAUGCCAGCGAGCACUGUUCUUGGUGCCAUUACCUGAGCUGUGUACCUACUUCAAAGUGGAGUUGCAACACGCCAAACAACUAUUGCAUGUCUUCGCAGCUUGGAAAUCAAUUAAAUCUGACAUGCGAAAGCAAUGGAAAGACUGAGGCAUAUACUCUCAACAACCCAAAUAGCACGGAAGCAAUUAAACACCUGUGUGUUCACCUUUGCAGUUAACGAUGAAUGUUUGUACUUUGAUGACAAGUACUUCUCACGCAAUGCACAUUUCUGGAAGAGAGAGAGAAGCCAAUGUGGUUACAAUGAGAUGCUCUGGUAAUGCAAUACGUUUGGCUUCUAUGGUUUCAUUCUGUUGUAUGUACUAUGUGAUGUAAAUGUCAGUGGGCGGUUGUGGAAGAUGGCUAACUUGCGGCACUAGUUCUGAUUUCAGAAAUGCCAAUGCACAACUUGCAUUCUAACCUUUUCUUGUGAAGAUACAAAGAUUGUCUUGGGUAUAAGCUGUUGUAUCAAGAGAAGGAAGCUUGGUGAAUCUCUCCAGUAGAUGGUGUGUUGCAUACCAUGUAUAAUUAUUAUCCAGAAUAUUAGAUACUGAGUUGUUGGAUGGAGGGCAACCAUGGCUAACAAGUUUAGGAAGUAGAACUAUAUCCUGGUUGUCAAAUAAAGUUAGAUCAAUCCAACACACAAGGUCAAGGAUGGCUAUGCGGCCCCAUGUAAAUGUCAAACCAUGUAAUCGCAUAUAUUCUCCACUGUUGAGCUUCUCCAAUGUAUAACUAUGAUCUAGGUCAGUUCAUUUAUGCUUCUCUACCACUGGUCAGACAUGAAUCAUGCAAACAUGUAUGCUCAGUGAGUUGACAUGAGAAGAUGAGCAAACAAGACAACUGUGAAUUUGUGACA